GCCGCUCAGGGUUCGGUUGUGAGUCGCUCCUCCUCUCGUGCUCCUUUGUGGUCGAGGCCAGUUCUGUGCGUGCGGCCGCUUUUUAAAGGAAUAACUCCAGCCCGGGUGAAGAUGCAAGGAAACCGAGGAGGACGUCCCGAUCAGCACAACCACGGCCCCCCGAGGGUGCAGCACGACAGGAAGCCUCCCGGAACCGACAGCAACGGGCAGCACACGGACCGUGCCGGACAACCCAGCCCUAAUGCCGGUCUGACCAUCGACCUGACGAGCUUCAAGAAACCCGGCGAGAAGACGUACACGCAGCGCAGCCGGCUGUUCGUCGGAAAUCUGCCCGCGGGUACCUCUGAAGAAGAAGUGGAAAAGCUCUUCUCCAAAUAUGGCAAACCCUCCGAGAUCUUCAUCAACAAGGACCGAGGCUUUGGGUUCAUCCGCCUGGAAACCAAGACCCUCGCGGACAUCGCCAAAGCCGAGCUUGAUGACACGAUGUUUCGCGGUCGGCAGAUCCGCGUGCGCUUCGCCACUCACGGCGCCGCGCUCACAGUCAAGAACCUGCCCCAGUUUGUAUCCAACGAGCUCCUGGAGGAGGCUUUCUCCAUGUUCGGCCCCAUCGAACGCGCCAUCGUGAUCGUGGACGACCGCGGGCGGCCCACGGGGAAGGGCAUCGUGGAGUUCGCCAACAAGCCGUCAGCACGCAAAGCCCUGGACCGGUGCUCGGAUGGAGCCUUAGUGCUCACCUCGUUUCCUCGGCCCGUGACGGUGGAGCCCAUGGAGCAGUUGGAUGAAGACGAAGGGCUUCCAGAAAGACUCGUCAGCAAAAACGCACAGUAUCACAAGGAGCGCGAGCAGCCCCCCCGCUUUGCUCAGCCUGGGUCAUUUGAGUACGAGUACGCGAUGCGCUGGAAAGCCCUGAUGGAGAUGGAAAAGCAGCAGUAUGAGCAGGUGGAGAGGAACAUCAAGGAGGCACAGGAGAAGCUGGAGCAGGAGAUGGAGGCGGCCAGACAUGAGCACCAGGUCAUGCUCAUGAGGCAGGAUCUUUUGAGGAGGCAGGAGGAACUGAGGCGUAUGGAGGAGGCGCACAACCAGGAGGUGCAGAAGAGGAAGCAGAUGGAGCUGCGUCAGGAGGAGGAGCGGCGCCGCCGGGAGGAGGAGCUCAGGGCUCACACCGAGGAGCUGAUGAGGAGACAGCAAGGGACUGGGGCCAACUUCAGUGAGAAGAGGGAGCAGGACAUAAGGAUGCACAUGGGAGGUCAAGGCCUUCCCCUGAACAGGACCUCAAUGGGAGGAAACCCCACACCAGGAGGAGCACCGAACAUGCCUGCCAAUGAGGGUACUGGAGGAAACCCUGGUGGUCUUCCUCUGCCUUUCCCCCGCCCCGGCCCACCCAUCGACUACAAGCGGCGUCGGUUCUGAGAGCCCAGGACACACACGUCUCUCUUUUUUUUUUUUUUUUUUUUUCUUUUUUUUUUUCCGUCUUUAUUUUUUACACGCCUACAUACUGUACAAUAUUUUUAAAGCCCAGACAGUGAAUUUAGUAGUUUCAUCGUAUAAACACGUAAAAAAAAAAAACGGUGCAAAGUUUCUUUUAAGCUUAAAGUUCAUAUGUUUUUUUUUUUUUUGUUUGUUUUGAAGAUUUAUUGUCUUGUUCCCUCGAUGGGGUUUUGUAUAGACCUUUUGUUUUCUUUCCCCCUGUAUUAAUGUGAUAUCCCUUCCUUCUUUUUUCCCUUUUUUUUUUAUUUUGUGGUUCAUCCCUUGUACUUUUUAUAUAGACAUAGUGAAAUAAUUUUUUUGUCAAAUACCUGCAUUUAUAAACUGGCUCACAAUAAAAAAAAAAAAUCCGGGAUUCAGUGUUAUGUA